AUGCGAUGCACAGAUAUUCAUGUUGAGAUUCCUUCCCUGCCAGAUGUUCUCCGGGAGAGGGAGGGUCGAGGUGACAGAAGCAAUCCCAGCAACCUCAGUGACAACAGUGACUUCAAUAACUCCGGCAACUGCAGCAGCGGCAGUGAUGAUGAGGUGUAUCAGGAAAGUGAUGAUUAUGACCAUGUCACUAGGCAGCCGCGCAAGCGGCGAAAACUCUGGACAUGGCAGUCAUCCAGGUCUGUUGUCACUUCUGACACUUGCACAGGAGAUCCCUCUCCGACUGCUGUGGUAAACAAUAAGCCAGGGAAAUGGAAUCCGACAAUGAAGUAUGAUAAAAACCCAGUCAGUGAUUCCUCCAGUGUGUCCACUGUCCCACUAGAUGAUGCAGUGAUGAAUCAAUCAGGCGACAGCAUACCGGUCUCCGGUUUUCUUUCAAGCUAUGUGGCUGGGUCCAAAGUGUGCUACACUAUAACAUUCUGUCACAAGGAGACCGGCCGGCUCCUGUCAGCAAAUGCAAACAAGGACGACGCGCUGCUGAAAGAACUCAAGGAGGGAGGUGAGCCAUGGGAUGAGAUCACCAAGCACUUCCCAGGCAGAUCCAAGGCGACUCUGCAGGUGCAGUACUCCACCAAGCUGAAGCUUCGCACCCCGCUGCCAACUCGCAAGUUGAAGUCAAAGUUGAGGCUGAGAAAACAUGGAUGCCUUUGAGCGAGAAUAUCCCAACAGCUGCUACAAAGAAACUGCCACAGCGAUGCACGUACCCUCUACUUACAGAAAUCUCCAUUUACCAUGAAUGAAGUGACCACUUCUGGCGUGUCCCACGCCAAUGUCUCUCCAUGGAGUAGGGAGUAGUGGUGGCUGGUUGAAAAGGUACGGAGUAGUGGAUCCCGGGAUCCGCGCGCGAGGGGACAAG